CGCUCCGAGAGCAAGUACCUCCCCUCAAAAAAGCACAAGCAACAAGCAGCAAACGAAAUGACUCCCAGCGUCACUACAGAGGCCAGCCAGCCUCUCCCUGCGAGGUCCACCGUGGCCCAGAGGAAACAAGCCAACGAACUCAGAAAGACUCUGAAACCCUUGUUGGAAAAGAGAAGACGUGCUCGCAUCAAUGACAGUCUGAAUCAUUUGAAGAGCCUGAUUCUGCCCCUUGUUGGAAAAGACAACGCGCGCUACUCCAAGCUGGAGAAAGCUGACAUUCUGGAAAUGACCGUGCGCUUCCUCAGAGACCUCCCUUCCAGCCCAGUCAAAGACUCCGCAGACAGUUACAGAGAAGGCUACAAAGCCUGCCUCCAGCGCGUCUCCGCCCUGCUCCCCAAAACAAGCCUGGAUCGAGACGCGUGCCAGCGGGUCAACGACUUCGUGCAGCAGUCCAUGUCCUCCACAGUCACUCCAGCCUGCCUGAACUGCUGCGCGCAAAGCUCCAGAGCUUUCCCUCAGUUCCAGCAAAGACUUCAGAGCCUCAAAUCCAGCUUCGGCUCCAGAAUGGAGAGCCAGUCCCGCAGCAGUAGCGCAGCGGCUCCCAGUCAGGCUCAGUCAGGCCCUCAGCCCGUCAGCGCUGCAAUGUGGAGACCUUGGUAGAUUGUGGACGUUUAUCUUAUGUGUGUUAUUUAUUUUUGCAAUGCUUUUUUACCGAUAUUUAUAUUAACAUGCCAGUAGUGUUAGCAUAUAAAAAGAAUAGUUGAAGCUGCUGUAAAAUUAAGUCAAUUCAGCGUUCGACUCGUUUAAUGCCAGAGGGCACGAGCACAGAUCUCACAGAAACUGAAGUCUAUGAACUUUUUAAAAAUGCAAUCCUCUUUGGGGUUUCAGAGAUAUGGGUUGUAGACAACACUUUUGUAAAACCCCAAGGGUUAUUUUGUUUGAGGUUUGCACGAUGGACUUAAAAGUAUUUUGGUCUGUGCAAAAGAAUAGUCUGUAAACACUAUGUGUUAAGUAAUAUUCUAUCCAGUGUGUGUACGUGAAAGCAACGUGUUUUGUGGCGUUUCUCUUGUUAUGUCAGAAGAAGAAUUUCAAUAAAUAACUUUCGACAAA